AGAAAUCGGCCAGUUGUUUGCGCCUGCGCAGUACCUCUGAUCUUUGUUAUUCCAUGUCACUAUGGCGCUAAGCAAAACGUUUGGUCAAAAACCGGUCAAGUUUCAGCUCGAAGAGGAUGGAGAAUUUUACAUGAUUGGUUCCGAGGUGGGGAACUACCUGCGCAUGUUCAGAGGCUCCCUCUAUAAACGGUAUCCUUCCUUAUGGAGAAAACUGGCAACAGUGGAAGAGCGGAAGAAAAUUGUGGAAUCAUCACAUGAUCAUGGCUACACUCAGCUGGCCACCAGUGUUACGCUUCUGAAGGCCUCAGAGGUUGAGGAGAUCCUUGAAGGGAACGAUGAGAAGUAUAAAGCUGUGUCUAUCAGCACAGAGCCUCCCGCCUACCUCAGGGAACAGAAAGCAAAGAGGAACAGUCAGUGGGUUCCCACGCUGCCCAACAGUUCCCACCACCUGGACGCAGUGCCCUGCUCCACCACCAUCAACCGCAGCCGACUGGGCCGGGACAAGAAGAGGACCUUCCCCCUAUGCUUUGAUGACCACGAUCCUGCGGUGAUCCACGAAAACGCCACUCAGCCAGAAGUUCUUGUCCCAAUCCGUCUGGACAUGGAGAUCGAGGGCCAGAAGCUGAGAGAUGCCUUCACCUGGAAUAUGAACGAGAAGCUCAUGACGCCAGAGAUGUUUGCUGAGAUCCUGUGCGACGACCUGGAUCUGAACCCACUGGCUUUUGUCCCUGCCAUCGCCUCCGCCAUCCGACAGCAGAUCGAGUCCUACCCCACAGACAGCCUCCUGGAGGACCAGACGGACCAGAGGGUGAUCAUCAAGCUGAACAUCCAUGUGGGGAACAUCUCUCUGGUGGACCAGUUUGAAUGGGACAUGUCUGAGAGGGAGAACUCUCCAGAGAAGUUUGCCCUGAAGCUGUGCUCUGAACUCGGACUGGGCGGAGAGUUCGUCACCACCAUCGCCUACAGCAUCCGGGGUCAGCUGAGCUGGCACCAGAGGACAUACGCCUUCAGCGAGAACCCCCUCCCUACUGUGGAGAUCGCCAUCAGGAACACGGGUGAUGCUGACCAGUGGUGCCCCCUGCUGGAGACCCUGACCGAUGCAGAGAUGGAGAAGAAGAUCAGAGACCAGGACAGAAACACAAGACGAAUGAGGCGUCUGGCGAAUACAGCACCUGCGUGGUAAACCCCGAGGCAGCAGCGCCCCCUACAGACACGUUACUCAUACAGUUGAGGUAGGACCAUGCGGUUCAGUUCGCCAGCAGCAGAGAUUUUUCCUCCCUGGCGUCUGGACGUGUUCUUCGCUCGGCUGGAUUCUGCCUGCGGCUCGCCGUUUACUUUUCAUUUUAAAUCUGUUUGUUGAAGACCCUUAGAAGAAGAAAGACACCCUCCCACCUCCUUCAUGCCCCUCCCCCCUCUGCCUGGAGAAGCUGCUCUUUUUGACCACUGACUCUCUACCCAACCACAGAGGGAGACAAAACACACCCGACUCAAAUAAUAUAUUGUUUUGUUGUAUUUGUUGUCUUUUGUACAU